AAGUAAAAAUUGCCUCUCCCUCGAUCCCGAACAAAACUCUUACACACCCUAAGCAACGAUUUCUUAGUGCAAAAAGAACUAUGGCUGCCGACGAUAUUCGGAAUCUUCCAAUUGACAUCACAUUCUCUCGUCUUGGUGAGUGGCUUGUCGAUCGGAAAAGAGUCCCUGCUGAUUGGCGUAAGCGUUUGACAGCGUUGAGAGUUCGCAUCUCUAAGGAGUUCUUGUCCCUUCCCAAAGAUACCGAUCCCUAUUUCCAUACCUUAGACCAUGAAGAUAUUGGUUAUUUAGAGGCAAAAAAUAUAUAUAAUAUUCUUCUAGAGUCAACCUCAGAAAGCCGGAAUAUAUUUGGCCGGCUAUCAGGUGCUGCUGGUGCUUGGGAGGUGAUUGUACGAACUUAUGAGAAGGAUCAUAUUUUUCUUGGCGAGGCAGCUCAAAUAAUUGUUCAGAAUGUGACUUAUGAAAUCCCAUAUCAGAAGAAACAGGUCCAAAAGAUUCAUCAACAGCUAGCUGAGCUGGAACGUAAAGAAUCUGAUACUAAAAGAAAUGCUUCUCUUUCGGCAGCUAGAUAUGUAGAGGCUUGUCAGGACCUCGGUUUGCAGGGAAAAAAUGUUAGAGAUGAACUUCUGGAGACUGCAAGGUCACUUCCAAGCACAUUUAGCAGAAUAUUAGAAGUCAUAAAUGGUGAUUCUGUGUCACGUGCUAUUGAAUACUAUUCCAAUUUUGUAAGGGAUGCUCACUCGGAUAAGGAUAAACACGUGACUGUAUUACCAAACCUGGGGCAUAUACGUGAGCAUCCUCCUUCUUUACAUGUGUCUGUGGGCUUUGAGAUGGUUGAUUCUGUAAAUGUUCAGUCAAGCUAUAUAGAACCAGAUGCUAUUGGACAAACAGGAAUUGCUGCUGAUAAUAUUGACUGGGAUAUAUCCCUGGAAAAUACUCAAAUUGACUGGGAUAUAGGUGCACUGGAGGAAACUGAGGAUACAGGAAAUGGUUUGGGACCUUACGAAAUAGUUCAUGCGAGUGAAGCUUUGGAAUCAUCAUACCAAAUGGAAUCUAGUAAAGAGGGUAGUACUACAUUGCCAGAGGCUACUGUGUCUGAGAUUUCAUGGGAUGUCAGUGUUGAAACACCUCAAGUUGAUAUCAUCGAUGAUGUAACCUUGCCUGAUAUAGAAGUGAAUAAUAAAACAUUCGUUCCUUCAACUCAUUCUGCAGAAAUCACUGAAGUUAGAAGCCAGCUUUUGGAGACCGAGUAUAGGAAUAAGAUUCUUGAUGAUCUAUAUGAGAUAAAGGCAUUUCUAAGUCAACGUUUGAAUGAUUUGAAGAAUGAUGAAACUCUGUCUUUGCAACAUCAAGUCCAGGCAGUUUCUCCCUUUGUGCUGCAGCAAUAUACUCCUGAUGCCAUUGAGAUGAUGCUAUCAGAUGUUUCCAUGGCUAUAUCAUUACUGUCAAGUAGGAAAACUCAAGAUUUAAUUAUGAUUCUCAAUUCUAAAAGAUUUCUAGAGAGAUUAGUUAGUAAACUAGAGGAAAAGAAGCAGCGUGAAGUGAAGCUGAAGGAAGGGCUGAAGGACUUGUCUGCCAAACGUAUGGAGCUUCAAAAUUCAUUAGCUUCAUCUUGGCCAAAACAAGAAGCAGCUCUGACGAAAACCAGGGAGUUGAAGAAGUUAUGUGAAAGCACUUUAUCAUCCAUGUUCGAUGGAAGGCCUGUAAACAUUAUUGGCGAGAUCAAUACUGUCUUAACAAGUGGCCUCACCGCGUAAGUACCUACAAAUGUCUUUGCCUCUGUCAUCACCACACACUUUUGAAGCUAACUCUUGAGAAUAAAAAGAACAUGUGGAUUGCUGCUCCUCACCCUAUUUCUCCCUAUUACUAAUGCUUUUAACUCUACAUCAUCAUCAUCACCUUUCAGUUUGUUUUGAUUUGUUUUUCUGUAGUGUUAAGAAGGCUAAAUACAUGUUUUUAAGCGUUCUUUGUUGGAGUCUUUUUU